CGGAGAAAUUAAAUGACAUAAUUUGGGUAGCUGAGACUAUAAAAAAAGAAAUUAUGUAACACAACAGGCCAACAAUGUCAGCAAACAUUACAUUACCCAAUAGAUUUUUCUGAGUUUCAAAGUUUCCUCCACGGGAAGUAAUGGCAGAAGUAGAGAAAAGCUUGGCCGAGCUAAGACAAACCUUUAGAAGUGGAAGAACUCGAAGUGUUGCAUGGAGGAAAACCCAGCUCAGGGCGCUCCUUGACCUCAUCCGUGACAAAGAAGAUUUGAUAUUCGAAGCUCUCCAUCAAGAUCUUGGGAAGCACCCUGUUGAAGCUUACCGCGAUGAGGUUGGGGUUGUGACAAAAUCAGCCACGUAUUCUUUGAGCAAUGUUGAGAAAUGGAUGGCCCCUAAGAAGGGAGAUUUGCCUUUGCUUUUCUUCCCAGCAAAAGGAGAAGUGCUGCCCGAACCGCUUGGUGUGGUUCUCAUCUUUGGAUCUUGGAACUUCCCUUUCGACGUUACUCUGGAUCCACUGAUAGGAGCUAUAUCUGCCGGGAAUGCAGUGGUUCUAAAACCGUCAGAGCAUGCUCCAGCAUCCUCUGCUUUUCUAGCUAGAACUCUCCCUAUUUACUUGGAUGACAGUGCCAUUAGAGUCAUUGAGGGUGGAGCAGGUGUAAGUGAACAACUACUGCAGCAUAAAUGGGACAAGAUAUUCUUUACCGGAAGCCCACGAGUUGGGCGUCUUGUCAUGACUGCGGCUGCAAAGCACUUGACACCUGUUACUCUUGAGCUGGGAGGAAAAUGCCCUGUAAUCCUCGAUUCCCUCUCCAAUCCUUCAGAUGCAAAGGUGGCAGUCAAACGAAUUAUAGGAGGGAAGUGGGGGGCAUGCAGUGGACAGGCAUGUGUAGGAGUAGACUAUAUACUCCUUGAAGACAAAUUCAAGACCAAUUUGAUAGAAUUAUUAAAGAAGACGAUCAAGAAAUUCUAUGGAGAGGAUCCAAUUAACUCAAAGAGCAUUGCCAGAAUAGUAAACAAGCAACAAUUUGAGAGAUUGCGGAAUCUUCUUCAAGAUCCUCUUGUUUCAGCUUCCAUUGUUCAUGGCGGUUCACUAGAUGAAGAAAAACUGUUAAUCGAGCCGACAAUAUUAUUAAAUCCUCCACUUGACGCGGACAUCAUGACUGAAGAAAUCUUUGGCCCCCUGCUCCCGAUAAUCACUCUGGAUAACAUCAAAGAAAGCAUUGACUUCAUAAAUUCAAGGCCAAAACCUCUUGCCGUUUAUGCCUUCACGAAAGAUGGAACAUUCAAGAGACAGAUUCUAGCAGAAACAUCCUCAGGAAGUGUAACUUUCAAUGACAUCUUAGUUCAAUUUGUUUGUGAUGGUUUACCAUUUGGAGGUGUUGGUCAAAGCGGCUUUGGGAGGUACCAUGGUAAGUACUCUUUUGAUACUUUCAGCCACGAAAAAGCGGUUAUGCAUAGAAGUUUCUUCCCAGAAAUUGAGCCAAGGUAUCCGCCGUGGAACGACUUCAAGCUGAAAUUCAUCAGAUUGGCAUAUAACUUUGACUACCUUGGAAUGCUACUAGCCUUCAUGGGUCUGAAAAGAUAGCCAUUAUAUCAAGUCAAUUAUGUGAAGAUCAGAAGAACUCGGUUUUGGAUUCCAAUCAUCUAGUAUGCUAUGCAUGGAAAGCUUGAGAAGUCUGCAGCCUGUUGUGCUUAUUGGGUGCUUGAAAACAUUAACUUCAUUUCUGUUGCCAAUAUAAGGUUUCUACAUGACUUUUUUAA